AUGGCCCCGUCGCGCGCCCACCGCUGCCUGCUACUGCUCAUGCGCGCGGUGGGCUUCCUCAUCGGCCUGCUGGGCUCCGCGGCGCGCGCCCUGGACGCCAACUACCGCGCCCCCCGGGCCCCCCCCCCGGCGACCGAACCACUGCUGCUGCUGUCGGGGGUGCGGCUGGCCGAGGCCAUCCGACGGAGGAAGGUGAAAAGCAUCGAUGUCAUUGAAGCUUAUAUUGCAAGAAUCAAGGAUGUGAACCCGAUGAUCAAUGCAGUUGUCAAGUGCAGGUUUGAGGCAGCUCGGGAAGAAGCCAUUGCGGUGGAUAAACAGUUGGAAGAGGGCCAUGAAGAUGAAGCCACCCUGGAGAAGGAAAGGCCCUUCUUGGGAGUCCCUCUGACCGUCAAAGAGGCCUUUGAGCUGGUUGGGAUGCCCAAUAGCUCUGGCCUGGUGAACCGUCGCAAUCUGGUGUCCCAAGCGGAUGCCACUGUGGUGGCCAACCUGAAACGGGCCGGAGCCAUUCCCCUGGGAGUGACCAACUGCAGUGAGCUUUGCAUGUGGUAUGAGUCUAGCAACAAUGUCUACGGCCGAUCCAAUAACCCAUAUAAUGUGCAGUGCAUCGUAGGUGGAAGUUCAGGAGGUGAGGGGUGUGCCCUGGGAGCUGCCUGUUCGGUGAUCGGCGUGGGCUCGGAUAUCGGUGGCAGCAUCCGGAUGCCUGCUUUCUUCAAUGGCAUCUUUGGACACAAACCUACUUCAGGAGUCGUCUCUAACCAGGGUCAGUUUCCUCUGGCCGCGGGAGCCCAGGAAAAGUACCAGUCUACAGGUCCCAUGUGCCGCUAUGCCGAGGACCUGGUGCCCACACUCAGGGUCAUGGCCGGGCCCGGCAUCCACAGGUUAAAGUUGGAUCAUAAGGUGCAGAUGAAAAACUUGAAAUUCUACUGGAUGGAACACGAUGGAGGCUCGCUUUUGACAUCCCCAAUGGACAAAGAACUGCUUCAGGCCCAGAGCAAGGUGGUGGAGCAUCUUGAAAAUGUGGUGGGUGCGUCUGUUCAGCAUGUGAAACUCAGGAAGAUGAAGUACUCUUAUCAGCUCUGGAUGGCCAUGAUGUCAGCCAAGCACCCUGAUGGAACGGAAGCCUUGACAUUUCGAAAACUCCUAGGAGAUCAUGGGAAUCCCGUCUGGCCACUGUGGGAACUGAUAAAGUGGUGCGUCAGGAUGUCUUCGCUCACCAUCCCGUCCAUUGGGCUGUGUCUGUUCGAGAACGUCAGUUUUAAUUCUGAGACCUUCACCAGGCUUGAAAGUUUGAGAAAAAGUUUUCGGGCGGAGUUGGUCGAGCUGCUUGGCAAUGAUGGGGUUUUCUUAUACCCCCCACAUCCCAGAUUGGCUCCCAAACAUCACUUCCCCUUGUCGAGGCCCUUCAACUUUUCUUAUACAGCCAUCUUCAAUGCCCUGGACUUACCUGUAACCCAGUGCCCACUUGGGCUGAGCAAAGAAGGACUUCCUUUGGGCAUCCAGGUGGUGACAACGCCCUUCAACGAUCAUCUGACUCUGGCAGUGGCUCAGCACUUAGAGGAUGUCUUUGGAGGCUGGGUCUCCCCUGGCAAGGCCUAGUAUGACUUCUUGGAUCUCAGCGACAUCAAGAAGAGAGAGCCGCACUGAGUUCAACCCAAAUGAAGCCCUCUCCCAUAGGAUAAAUUCCUGAAGAACCAGAAAACCAGUUGCUGUUUGACGGCUGUUCUUAUUGGCACUGAUUGAUACCUCAUCUUUAGGCAAGAAGGGACAGAGGGUUCUCUCCCGUUCAGCCUGGAUAUGGAAGACCCAGCCCAAGUGGCAAAGCAAAAUUCAGGAUAUAGCCAUCCCAAACCCUACCUGUUUUAAAAUUUUGUCAGCCCAGCCGGACAGGCGUAAUGAAGGGAGCAUGGCCCCUUUAAAUGGUAGGGCUGGGGGGAACAUGGAUUAGAAAGCAUGCUGCCGGCAGGAAGAAAGAAGGCAAAUAUUUAUGCGUUGCUCUUUGUUCAGGAUUUAGGAAAUCCAGCUGGAACAAAACACUUUCAUGUGAAUUUCCAUUUGGAUCCCUUCCUCUCCCUCUUCCCCUGAAUGCAUAAUCCGCGGUGGUAGGUGGCCCAAACCCUCACCAAACCUGACAGUCUGCUGGUCCAGCCUAGCCUCCAGCUCAGCUCAGGCAGCUCGGGACUUGUAGGCUGGGCUCAGUCCGUGCAGAACUUGUUCUCAGCUGUAGCGUGGGUACCCUGUGCUCGAGUAGGUGAGCGAAAUAGAAACCCGAUGGCUUUGAUGGAGCAAGCUUGGCUGCUCCUGGUGCUACCAUUAGCGACCGGAAAACACAGCAUAAAAGCCAAGCCUCUUCAUCCCCCCAAAGGGAAUUUUUCAUCACUUCCAUCUAUGUUGAGCUGGCCUCAAAGACAGGCACUUAAAUCUCCAGUGUGUGGAUUUGCCUCCUUUUUACAUGGUAUUUGUGUGCUUGCUAUGUGCCGGGCACUGUCCUAAGCGCUUGGGUAGAUACACGCUAAUCAGG